AAGCCCUCAAAAGGGUUUUCUUUCUCUCCAACACGACCACACCCAACAACUCUUACAGUCACAGACGUAGCUUCUGGUCUCUGUAUUGUUGAGGUCGCGCAAAUUCUUGAAGCAGCUAACCGCAACCGCACCCGAUAUGGGUACCAGCACCGCUAUUGACAAGACUGAGGAAGAGCUCCAGCGAGAGAUCGAUGAGCUCCACCGCCAACAGCGUCAGAUUACUGAGCGGCUGCGUGAUCCUCGGGGGCUCCGAAGGGGUGGGUUGUCUGGUGCUGGUCCUCGGAACUUUGCCUCCAAUGGGGUUCACCCGCGAGGCUUUGUUCGACCUGCAGAUAGGAAUGAUGCAGAAGAUCAACCUCCUGCAAAACGGCGGCUUUUGUCUGCUGUUGUCAAGGUCGAGGAUGGAGAGAUUGUUGAGGAUCCUGCAGUGUCAAAGGAUUUGAAGAAGAAGCAAUCAGCUGAGGAGGACAAUGUUGUGGUUGCCAUAGAGGAUCAAAGUGAUGGAAAGCCAUACAGUCUACAGGAGAGCAGUUGGUCCAGGAGGGAUGGCAAUCAGAGACCUGGAAGGAGGGAGGCUGAACUUCCAGUGGCUGAGCCUGUGCCAAGGGUGUUGCCAAAGGACGAGGAUCCAAGUUUGGUUAGCAGAAACAAAAGAAUGUUGGGGCAACUUUUAGGUACUUUGGAGAAAUUCCGGAAAGAAGAUAUGAAACUUUCAGGGACGGAGGCAUUUAAGCAAAGGUCAAAUGCUUUGCUAAGAGCGGAGCAAAGAGCACGAGAAGAAAGUGAAAAGCUGAGGCAGCAAGAGCGUGAACAAAUUGCAGAAAAGAGAAGGAGAGAUCUGAGUCUUAGAGCACGUGUUGCUGCCAAAACAGAAGAAAAGAAGUUGGAAUUGCUGUUUCUUCGGUGGAGUGAGCACCAUAAAAAGCUUUGCAAUUUUAUAAGGACUAAGGCAGAGCCCCCAAUUUAUUAUUUGCCUAACAAGCCAUUGGAGGAAGAUGCAACCUUGCUUGAGCAACGCAAAGAGCAGACAUUUUCAGAAUGGAAGGCUACUAGGAGAGAGGAACUGUCUGAAUAUCAGAAGCAGAUUGCAGAGCAGUAUCUUAGCAAUGUUGAAAAGGAAUUAGAAAGGUGGCAAAAUGCAAGGAAAGCAAGGAGACCUAACAAUGAUGCAAAUUUACAGGAAACAAUGGACAAAGAAUUGGACACCCAUAGGCUUGAGCAUGGUCCCAAGACAAGAAAGAUCCCUGGUGGAAGCAACAAUGAAGAUGAGGAUGAUGUAGAAGAUAUCAAUGUUGGGGAGGACGACAUGAUGGAUGAUGUGCUGGUAGUUGAUGAUAAUGGUAGAAGGGAUGAUGAAGCAGCCAAGCCAGAAGCUGGUAGCGCCAGCGCACCCCCAGAUAAUCUUGAUCAGUAAUUAUUGAAGGCAUCCAAUGAAAUCCUUCGUUCAGGUUAUUCACUUGUUAGGUUUAUCUUGUCUUCUGUAUUUGCUUGCUUUUUUUAGGUUCUCUCUCUCUCUUUUUUUUUUUUCUUUUGUUUGUUUUCUCUUUGACGUCCUAUCUUGAUGUUUUUAAUGCAUUUAGGAUCAAGUACUUAAAAAGCUCAAAUGGUUAUUUUUUUAGGAUGAAUUUUUAUAUAUUACUGCAUGUUCAUGUUGAGGAGUUGCUUGAUUA